AUGCCUCCUUUCACUCCCUAUUAUGCUGUGGUAUUUGUCAGCAAAAUGAAUGAUCUAAGUGACGAAGAUGCAAAGGAAUAUGAAGAGCUCGCUACUCGCAUGAGCGAUUUGGCCACGACGCAAUCUGGUUACUUGGGCGUGGAUUCCGUGAGAGAUGAAAGUAAGAAGGGAAUAACGGUUUCAUAUUGGGCUGAUUUGGAUAGUAUCAGACAUUGGAAGCUCAACUCGGAUCAUACAAUGGCCAGAAAUCAGCGUGCAAGGUUUUAUCUGUACUGCUCGACUAAGAUCACAAAGGUUGAGCGUGCAUACGACUUCUCAAACUGA